AGCUGAAUUUUUAUUCCGAGACCAAGAACGAGGUGUCAAGGAUGCGACCUCCUGUGGUUUACCCUGGUCGGUCUGAAAAUUUUGGAUCCACAAUUUUGCAAUUUUGCAAAAUAUUAUAUCAUAUUUAUCAUAUAGACGCCAUUAUAUUUUUAUGACGUGAAUAUUCGUUUGAUAUGUGUUUUGUGAGACAAGUGAUCUCCCUGAGUUUCGGUUUGGUUGCGGCGUGUGCUGAAAUCGCGGGAUAUGAGAGCUUGCGAGGUUUGGCGCGGGCGGUUGACUACCUCCCCAAGAUAGUCGAAACUAAUGAGGACUGCUCCUUCUUACCUCGCUUAUUCGAGGAACUGGUCCCUACGCAAUUCCAACUCGUGCACUUGGUGGGAUGUUACGAGUGGCGGAUCUAUGUGAACCUGACUGAGGACUCGCGUGAGUGCCGACAACUGGCUGCCAGCGUGAUCCAGCUCACUCUCACCGAUGGCGAGCUCGUCGAGAUCCCUUCUCUCUUCGACUUUGCCAGUCUUCAGUUCCAGGCCGUCCCUUUUCUCAUCGCUUUCCCCAACCUCCAGUCCGUCAGCUUCGCUCACAAUAAAAUACAGAAAAUCCAGCUCGAUACAUUCAGUUAUAAUCUUCAACUGCGAGAACUUUACCUCAACUCAAAUGAAAUUGAAGCUAUUCAGAGUGGAGCUUUCAAAAAAUUAACACUCUUGACCACACUGAAUUUAAGCAAGAACAAACUCUUUGAGGUGCCAGCUCUUCUCCCUCUGUCCCUGCUAAACUUAGAUUUGUCGGACAAUCAGCUCGAAAGAGUUGCACCGCAAACGAUAGAAGAGAAUGUUAAAAGGCUAGAAUCUUUGAAUUUAUGCGGGAAUAACCUUAAACCGAGGACAUCUUUAAAUCAUCUGGAAUUCGGGAACUUGAGAAGACUAUGUCUUGGCAGUGCUGGAAUAGGUUUUCCUCUGCAAAAAAACGAGAUUUUGGAUUUUCAACUCGUGAACCUCACGCUUUCAUCAGAAGGAAGUCUCCAUUGGUCACUUAACGCGAGUUCCCUCAGUGCCAUCAGGAAACUUCUACGACUUCAAGAACUGAAUAUAGAAUAUUUUAAAGUCGAAUCACUCGAGUUCUUGCACCCAUUGAGUAAAUUAGAAGUUCUGAGGAUGAAGAAUGUUUCUUUCGUGCAGGUAUAUUCAUUGCCAGGAAUGUUUUUCAUCAAUAAGUCUCAAUUGAAAAUAGUAGAUUUAGAGCAAAGCCCAAAAUUAGCAUCAAUUCUACUGCCGCACUUGGCAAAACUGCCGCACUUAGAAAAGCUAAGCCUACGUCGGACGGAGCUUAAGACGUUGCCGGCAGACCCGUUCACAACUGCGGAGACGGUCCGGCUGGACCUGAGCAUGAACCCGCUCCACUGCACGGAGGACUUCCAGUGGGUCCUCGAUCAGUGCGAGCAGAGGCGCCCGAACGGCGACGACUCCAUCCUCAUCUCGCCCGAUAUCACCUGCUGCGACGCGCCCUACAGACUCGAGGGGGUCGAACUCCGAUGCGUCGAUGACUUCGGCGGCUUGGAGAGCAACUCAACAUCGGACGCAAAAAAAACGGAUCGUAUCCGAUAGUGGUUCCAUUUAUCGUUUGGUUAAAACAUAGAGUACAUAGAGUUGUAAUGUAAAUGGGAGAGCUGGCGCCAUGUUCUGCUCGACGAAUUCCGAGCCCGGUGUGCGCCGAGUUCGGGUCGCUUUUUCGAUACAUUUUCGAUCCAAAAUGGCG